GCGCAUUUCAAAACGAGAAAUUGAAAAAGGAAUUCACAAGCGUGUGACUUUUAGAGUUGUUCGUCAGAGAUACUAUUUUAUUGAAAUUUUGUGUUAUAACAAACUAAAUUCUAGUGAUUAAAUUGACAACAUGCAGAUCUUUGUCAAGACCCUGACUGGUAAGACCAUCACACUUGAGGUCGAACCUUCAGACACAAUCGAAAAUGUCAAGGCCAAAAUCCAAGACAAAGAGGGAAUCCCACCUGACCAGCAGCGUCUGAUCUUCGCCGGUAAACAGCUGGAAGAUGGCCGCACACUCUCCGACUACAACAUUCAGAAGGAGUCGACUCUUCACUUAGUCCUGCGUCUGCGUGGUGGUAUGCAAAUCUUUGUCAAGACAUUGACUGGUAAGACCAUCACAUUGGAAGUCGAACCCUCUGACACAAUUGAAAACGUCAAGACAUUGACUGGUAAGACCAUCACAUUGGAAGUCGAACCCUCUGACACAAUUGAAAACGUCAAGGCUAAGAUUCAAGAUAAGGAGGGAAUCCCACCUGACCAGCAACGACUGAUCUUCGCUGGUAAACAGUUGGAAGACGGCCGCACACUCUCUGACUACAACAUUCAGAAGGAAUCCACUCUGCAUUUAGUUUUACGUCUGCGUGGUGGUAUGCAAAUCUUUGUCAAGACCCUGACUGGUAAGACCAUCACACUUGAGGUCGAACCUUCAGACACAAUCGAAAAUGUCAAGGCCAAAAUCCAAGACAAAGAGGGAAUCCCACCUGACCAGCAGCGUCUGAUCUUCGCCGGUAAACAGCUGGAAGAUGGCCGCACACUCUCGGACUACAACAUUCAGAAGGAAUCCACUCUGCAUUUAGUUUUACGUCUGCGUGGUGGUAUGCAAAUCUUUGUCAAGACCCUGACUGGUAAGACCAUCACACUUGAGGUCGAACCUUCAGACACAAUCGAAAAUGUCAAGGCCAAAAUCCAAGACAAAGAGGGAAUCCCACCUGACCAGCAGCGUCUGAUCUUCGCCGGUAAACAGCUGGAAGACGGCCGCACACUCUCCGACUACAACAUUCAGAAGGAGUCGACUCUUCACUUAGUCCUGCGUCUGCGUGGUGGUAUGCAAAUCUUUGUCAAGACAUUGACUGGUAAGACCAUCACAUUGGAAGUCGAACCCUCUGACACAAUUGAAAACGUCAAGACCCUGACUGGUAAGACCAUCACACUUGAGGUCGAGCCUUCAGACACAAUUGAAAACGUCAAGGCUAAGAUUCAAGAUAAGGAGGGAAUCCCACCUGACCAGCAACGUCUGAUCUUCGCUGGUAAACAGUUGGAAGAUGGCCGCACACUCUCGGACUACAACAUUCAGAAGGAAUCCACUCUGCAUUUAGUUUUACGUCUGCGUGGUGGUAUGCAAAUCUUUGUCAAGACCCUGACUGGUAAGACCAUCACACUUGAGGUCGAGCCUUCAGACACAAUUGAAAACGUCAAGGCUAAGAUUCAAGAUAAGGAGGGAAUCCCACCUGACCAGCAACGACUGAUCUUCGCCGGUAAACAGCUGGAAGAUGGCCGCACACUCUCUGACUACAACAUUCAGAAGGAAUCCACUCUGCAUUUAGUUUUACGUCUGCGUGGUGGUAUGCAAAUCUUUGUCAAGACAUUGACUGGUAAGACAAUCACAUUGGAAGUCGAACCCUCUGACACAAUUGAAAAUGUCAAGGCCAAAAUCCAAGACAAAGAAGGAAUCCCACCUGACCAGCAGCGUCUGAUCUUCGCCGGUAAGCAGCUGGAAGAUGGCCGCACACUCUCCGACUACAACAUUCAGAAGGAGUCGACUCUUCACUUAGUCCUGCGUCUGCGCGGUGGUAUGCAAAUCUUUGUCAAGACAUUGACUGGUAAGACCAUCACACUUGAGGUCGAACCUUCAGACACAAUCGAAAAUGUGAAGGCCAAAAUCCAAGACAAAGAAGGAAUCCCACCUGACCAGCAGCGUCUGAUCUUCGCCGGUAAACAGCUGGAAGAUGGCCGCACACUCUCUGACUACAACAUUCAGAAGGAAUCCACUCUGCAUUUAGUUUUACGUCUGCGUGGUGGUAUGCAAAUCUUUGUCAAGACCCUGACUGGUAAGACCAUCACACUUGAGGUCGAACCUUCAGACACAAUCGAAAAUGUGAAGGCCAAAAUCCAAGACAAAGAAGGAAUCCCACCUGACCAGCAGCGUCUCAUCUUCGCCGGUAAGCAGCUGGAAGACGGUCGCACACUCUCCGACUACAACAUUCAGAAGGAAUCUACUCUUCAUUUAGUUCUUCGUCUUAGAGGCGGCAUGCAAAUCUUUGUUAAAACUUUAACUGGAAAAACAAUCACUUUAGAAGUUGAGCCAUCGGACACCAUAGAAAAUGUAAAAGCAAAAAUCCAAGACAAAGAGGGAAUUCCACCAGACCAACAAAGAUUGAUUUUCGCCGGCAAGCAGUUGGAGGAUGGACGCACACUUUCUGACUAUAAUAUACAAAAAGAAUCCACACUUCAUUUAGUUUUAAGAUUAAGAGGUGGAAUUUAAAAAUGUUCUUCUGAAAUAAAUUUCUUCUGAAUGUAGUAAUGUAUUUUUUAUUUUAUGCACACAAAAUAAUAAGUUGGUAGGUAUACCUAUAUACAGCGAAC